CACACACUCACACACACAUAGAGGGACAAGAGUUCACAGCAAGAGAUCAGAGGGAACAAAAAAAAGGAGCUGUGAAGGACGAGAAGUGUGUAACAGAGGACACAAGAAGUGAGAAAGAUGACAAUCGGCAAGAACUCCAGAAAAAGCUCUGUGCGGAGCUCCGUCCGGGCCCCAAAGUUCCUGGACAAAUCCAGCGGCUUCUAUGGUCGCCUUGAUGAGCCUGAGGUUGCUGGAGAAGGGGAGGAGGUGAGGGGGAAAGAAGUGGAGGAGAGGUGGAGCGGGAUGGAGGACAGUAGCAGAGAGGGGGGAGUUGUGAGCAACCCGAGCCCAAGCGUGGUGCACGUUUCUGGGGAAGAUGAGAAGGAAGAGGUCGAGGCGUUUGACUUCAAUGAAGGGAUGAUGGAAGAUGAUGGGGAGACUCUCCUCCGGAGGAAACCAAGCCGCCGCAGCAGCAGGUGGAGAAGGAGCUCCAGGAGGAAGCAGAAAGAGGGGAGAGCCGAGGAGGACGCAGCCCGAGAUGAGAGGCCCAGCCUGGGCACAGAGAGUCCGGCUGGCCUGCGCGUCCUGGAGGGCACCAGGGUGACGAUCGAGGUAGAGAUGGAGAAAGUGAAGAAGGUGGAGGAAGAGAACGAGAAGACAGGAGGAGGGAAGGAACCCGCGCUCGUUCACUUCGCUGCUCGGGAGGAUGCGGACGACCAGGUCCUGAUCAGAGACAAGAAGAGGGGGAGAGAAGAGGUGGGAGAGGAUGAGAGGAGGAUGAAGAGGGAGCAAGAGGAGGGGAUGAAGGUGGUGAAGAGGAACACGGUCAAGAAUUACCGCAAGGCCUUGGACCGUGCCUUUCGUCGCGGCUGGGAGGCCUUCAUCACCAACCUUUACAGCGUCACGCUCACACCUGUGACAUCAUCCUCGCCGCCAUCUUCACCAUCGUCGUCGAAGAAGAAGCAGAAAGACAGCUCUGUGCUGGCUGAGUUUCAGUAGAACUGGAGAGCGGCAUGCAUCUAAUAUUCAUAUAGGCUAGAUCUCUGUUUGCCCUUAGUACUGAACAUUCACCAUGACAUUAGUGUGGAGUGGUGCAUCUCACAUUAAUUAUUUAUGUUAGUUACCGAGUCUUAAUUAGUCAUCAUAAAGUUUACUGCCUCGUCUCAUCACAGUGCACAUUAAUUUACACACGGACUGCAUGUAUUCAGUUGUACUUUAUGAGUGGAGGGAGCUGAGCUGUUGAUUGUACAUUGACGUCUGUGAGACUGGCUGAAAAGGAAAAGUCCAGUCUUCAUGUGACUGAGUUCAGCUGCUCCUGGUUUUCCUCUAAUAUGUUGCUAAUGUCAGAUUUCAGUCAGUGGUGUAAGAGCGCCUUAACAUCUUAGCUCCUUAUAUUUGGUCCACUAUUAAGAGCUCAAACUCAAAUAAUCUUCCGUUGGUUUAGCACUAUGAAACUACUGAAGUUGAUGUGUGACCAACAGGAAUGGAAAUAUUAAACCGUAUAGCCAAGACUCAUUAGGGGACUUUAGUUCUGCAUAUAUUUACAUUUCUUGUAUGUUAAUCAGUGCCAUGUAUUGCUGUCUGGCAGCUAAUCAGUGAUUGUGGUCCACUUUAACACAUGUUAAUAUUUGUGGAGGAAUUGCAGGUUUUUUUUAACCAAAGUUGACCCAUUUAAGCUGUGGUUUUCUCAUCUGUGUGUGCAGCUGGUCAGUGUUUGACUUCCUCAUGAGACAACGACCAUCUCUCACUGUGUGUUCUGGUGAAGGUUAUUUAACCUGGAGGGACACCACAUGAGAGAGGGUGUAUGUAUGUGUGUGUGUGCAUUUGAAAGAGAGAGAGAGAGAGUUUUAGUGGCCUGAGACAUCAGUCACUGGCACUGUAAAGGUCAAAAUAAUAUUUAGGAACUAACUAUAACUUCAGUAUCAGCAUGCAACAAGAAGACAUGAUAUGAGAGAUUUUUCAAUGUAUUAAUGAUUGACCCUUGUUUAAAUGAAUAAUGCAAUGUUUACAAUAGGCCCGCUGUAACUUCCUGUUAUCUGCUAUGUAUUUAGUUUUUAUAUUACCUCAGUGUACUCAGUAAUUAUUGCAGACUAGACUGAAUAUGUUGUAGUUGUAUAUAAUGAUUGUCUAUAAAAAGUGUUCAUUUUUAUGGAAAUCCUUUUGUAUCCUAAUCAAAGCUUCAUGAACCGUAACAAGAAGCACUUUAAAUAAAGACUUAA